AUGCCUAUGAUUGUGGUCAUUUUACAGAAGGAUGCCCAAGUUCGAAUUACCGUAGUCAGGAUGUACAGAAAUGCCAGAGUUGUGUGGCCAUUGGAAAUGGAUGUUUUCUUGCUGAACCAAAGUGUGAAAGUUGGUAAAAAUGAACCUGACAGCACUGUUAAUUUCCUACCUGCUGAUGGUGCAAUUAUUACUUCUUGUAAGAAGAGCGGAGCCAGUCCCUUGUAUAUAGCUUGUAAAAACGGACAUGACAGAACUGUGCAACUCUUACUAAAUAAUGGUGUGAAUAUCAAUUCGUGUAGUGAUACCGGGGCAAGUUCUCUUUUUAUUGCUUGUGAAACUGGACAUGAAAACACUGUACAACUUUUACUUGCAAGAGGGGCAAAUAUCAACUUAUCUAGGAAUGACAAAACCUGUCCUCUAUAUGUAGCUUGUCAAGAAGGUCACGACAACAUUGUACAACUUUUACUUACAAGAGGGGCAAAUACUAAUCUAUGUAAGAAUGAUGGAGCCAGUCCUCUUUAUAUUGCUUGUAAAAAUGGACAUGACGGCACUGUGCAACAUUUAAUGAAGUAUGGCGCAGACAUUAAUUUAAAUACCAAUGAUGGAUUUAGCCCUUUCUUAAUAGCAUGCCUCAAAGGACAUGACACCAUUUCACAAAGUCUUCUGAACAAUGGAGCAAGUAUUAAUUUAUGCAAUGAUAACGGAACCAGUCCGCUCUACAUUGCUUGUAAAUACGGACAUGACAGAACAGUACAACUUUUACUCAAAAAUGGUGCCGAUAUUAAUUUAUGUGAAAAAGAUGGAGGAUCUCCUCUCUAUAUAGCUUGUGAAAAGGGACAUGACAGCACUGUUCAUAUUUUACUGAAGAACGGUGCAAAUGUAAAUCAGUGUGAGAAAACUGGAACGAGCCCUUUAUUUAUAGCUAGCCAAAACGGGCAUGAUAGCAUAGUACAAUGUUUACUUAGAAAUGGUGCAGAUAUUAAUUUAUGUGAAAACAAUGGAGCAAGCCCGUUUUAUAUAGCUUGUGAAAGGGGGCAUGUCAGUACUUUGCAACUUUUAAUGGAUAAUGGCGCAGAUAUUAAUUUAUGUCUGUAUAGUGGAGAUAGUCCUUUCAAAACAGCUUAUCAACAUGGUCAUGACAACACUGUUCAAGUUUUACGAAACAAUAGUGCGGACAUCGAUUGA